CAACUCGCCCACUACUUUAGUGUUUAUUAAUCUACGUUUAAGUGCGAUUAACAUUUUAGUUUCAUUUUUAAAGCACGAAAAAAUAUAUAAGUACUUUUAUUAUAAUUAGUAAAUAAACAUGGUGGACCCAAAUCGGAAAAUCAAUCGGCUUACAGAAAAAGAUAUUGAAUUUUUAGAUGAAUGCCAAGAUGAAUUCGAAAAUCGUUUUACAGACGAAGAUGCAGAAUAUAUUAAUCACUGUUCAAAACCGCUUCCGGACCCUCCGAUAAUCGAAAAUUGGGGCUUUUCGGGAGCUGGCUAUGGCCAUCGAGGUGGAGGGGGUGGGCAACGCAAUAGCUAUAGCCGAAAUAAAUGGAAUAAGCGUGGCCAGGAUAGGCACUACCAUGGUGGUGGUAAUCAAUCAUACAGAUAUAACAAAAGACGAGUAAACAAUGAACCCUACAACGUUAACUUUCGUGGUGGCCAUAGCCGUGAGGAGCGUCCUCACAAGCCAAUGGAUAUAAGGCGAGACUAUGGGAACUUUGUCCCUGCGUCGAAGGAUUAAACACUAUGCUAGUUUUAUUCAACGUUGUUUGUUACACCAAAACUGUAAAGAUUUUAAUUAUAUAAAAAAUAAAUAAUGACUGCACGAAUGCAAGAAAGCAUUUUUGA